AUUAAGCUGAAAACUGAAAACAGUUAAUCUGAGCCGUUGGAUUUAUAAAAUGAUAUUUUGAACGGCCAUGAUUUAACCAUACGUGUGCCACUUGAUUUUCUUUCUAUUACUCCUCAUUCUCAAACAGAUUCUCUCUCCUAAUCUCUUGAAACGCCAUUUUCCUCCAAGCAGAUGACUUUCUCUCUCUUACCCCUCAUCUCUACCUCUCACCGGCGAUUUUCUCUCUCCUCAUCUCAACUUCCAUAGCAGCCCUAUUUCUCCAUAAUCUCGAAUCCGCCAUUUUUGCUCUCCAACUAAAUUUUUGGAUCUAGUAAUUUUCGAUCGAAAUUGUGAAGAGAUCUUCAUUUUUUGUUCAAAUUCAAUCUGUUGUUAAACAAUUACUAGAUUCGAUUAGAACAGAUCGAAUUUGAACAAAAAAUAAAAUUUACGAAACUUGUGUUUGGAGUUUGGAGUUUGGACACUGACCUUCACCUAAUCCGGCCUCGUUGUGCCGGAACUCGCUGCUGCAUUGUAUGGUUGGCUUUCAAUCUCUCUCCUCUUUCACUCUCUUACUAUCUUGGUUCCAUCUCUGCCUCUGAUUUACCUUCUCUAACUCUUCUCCUCUUCUUCCUCUAAUCACCAUUCUCCAUUAAUGAUGAAUAGAGAGAAAGAUGAAGAGAAGGGUGCUCAAACUUCUUCGAUAAACAAUAAUAGAAGGAAGAAAGGAGGAUGGACAGCUGUAAAAUAUAUUUUAGCUAAUGAGACAUUUGAGAAGCUGGCAUCAAUGAGUUUGGUAACAAACAUAACAGUGUAUUUGCGCACAAAAUACAACAUGGAUGGCAUACUACUGGUUAAUGUAGUAAACUUAUGGUCUGGAUCUUGCAAUUUUUUGACAUUCCCAGGUGCUUUGCUUUCUGAUGCCUACCUGGGUAGGUUCUGCACUUUGCUUCUUGGUACCCUAGUUUCUAUGCUGGGAAUGGGAGCAAUGACUUUAGGUGCUGGAGUACAAAAACUAAGGCCUUUAGCUUGUAAGGCAGGAUCAAACUGCAUGGCAGCCACAAGUUGGCAGCUUGCAGUUCUGUUCAUAGCUCUCCUACUACUAGCAAUGGGAGCAGGGUGCAUAAGACCGUGCAACAUUGCCUUUGGUGCUGAUCAAUUCGACCCAAGAACAGAGAAAGGCAGGGCCUUAUUAGCGCGCUUCUACAAUUGGUGGUACUUCUCCUUCACAAUUUCUCUGUUAGUAGCACUCACCACUGUAGUUUAUAUCCAAACCAACAUUAGUUGGACCAUCGGAUUUGCGAUCCCAACCGCGUGUUUUGCACUCUCAAGCAUCAUUUUCUUAAUUGGGUGCCCAACCUACAUUUACAAGAAACCUCAAGGGAGCAUCUUUAUUGACAUGCUUAAGGUAACUAUAGCAGCCUACAGGAAAAGAAACUUGACUCUACUAGAUCAAAUGAGUAAUCAAAGUUUUUAUGACCCUCCUAUUAUUAUUGAAGAUGAUGAUGAUGAUCAGUUGUUAAAUGUGCCUAAAUUAAGCAGAUCCAACAGAUUAAACUUCUUAGAUAAGGCUUGUUUGAUAAACCAAUGUGCUCAAGAAGUUGAUGAAGGAGGUAUGGCUAAGAACAACUGGACACUUUGUAGUGUACAACAAGUGGAACAAUUGAAAAGCCUAAUUGGAAUUUUACCAGUUUGGUUAACUGGGAUUCUAUGUUUUGUAUCAAUGGAUCAACAGAACACUUUUGGCAUCCUUCAAGCAAUUCAGAUGAAUCGAAAGCUAGGAUCGCGGUUUUUGAUCCCACCUGCAUGGAUAGGGUUUGCAGGCAUGGCUGCUCUCUCGCUCUGGAUCUUAUCAUAUGAGCGACUCAUUCUACCAGUAGCCAGGAAAGUAAUGAAGAAGGGUGAUGUAAGGUUGUCUGUAAAAGCGCGGAUUAAAAUUGGGAUUAUUAUGUCAAUUCUAUGCAUGUCUGUUGCUGCAAUUGUUGAGUCUAAGAGAAGAAACACCGCCAUAAGAAACAACUCCUUUGUGUCUUCUAUUCAUGUAGGAUGUCUUGCCCCACAACUUAUCCUUUCUGGCUUAACUGAAGCCUUUGCCGCGGUUACAAUCAUGGAGUUUUUUACAACACAAAUGCCUGAAAGUAUGAGAUCCAUUGCUGGCUCAAUUUUCUUCAUAAGUUUGUCCAUGGCAAGUUACUUAGCCACGCUUAUUGUUAACAUCAUAUAUCGCGCCACUCGAAGGAAUGAUGGAUAUGCAUGGUUGGGUGGACAUGAUCUUAAUAAGAACCAUCUUGACUACUUCUAUGCUAUUAUUGCUUGCAUUGGAGUGUUGAACUUCUUUUAUUUCAGCUUCUUUGCUUCCAAGUUUGUGUUUGUUGAUAACAGCGCCAAGACUAAUAAUGAAGGAGCAUGUUCAAGUACAAACAUACAUACAAGGUUAGAGUAAAGAGCCAACAAGGGUUACGCUCCUUUAGCCUGUGUUUCUCAUCUAUCAUUAUUUUGUUUCUCUUCACCUUUGAUGCUUCUUGAUGAAAAUGUCUAAACAAGCUUAUUAUCCAUUUUGAUUUUUAUUAGUGUGUAAUGUGUUAUUAGUGCGUAGAGGAUUGUUAGAUUAUCAUGUUCCUAAUCAAUUUUCAAAAAUAAGUAGGAUGAUUAGGUUCCCUUAGCUUGUAUGAUUAUAAGAUUAGUGUUUGUCAUUAAUGAUUGUUUAAUUUAGUUA